AUGCCUCAGUUGCUGCGAAACAUCCAUGGGAUCAUCGAGGCCUUUGGGCGCUACGCCGGGACUGAGGGCAGCUGCACCACUCUGACCCGAGGGGAGCUCAAGAGACUGCUGGAGCAGGAGUUUGCUGACGUCAUAGUGAAACCCCAUGAUCCAGCCACUGUGGAUGAAGUUCUGCGCCUGCUGGAUGAAGAUGCAACAGGAACUAUAGAAUUCAAAGAAUUCCUGUUUUUGGUGUUCAAAGUUGCCCAAGCCUGUUUUAAGACAUUAAGUGAGAGUGUCGGGGGAGCUUGCAAAUCUCAAGAGUCAGGGGUCCACCAUGCUGAGUUCCCAAAAGAGCCACAGGAAGGUCAUAAAGGUGGCACUAAAGUGAGACAGGAGGGCAAAGGCCAGCAUCAUGAAGGAAGCAGCCAUGGGCAGAGUGAGCAGGCUUCUCAACAGCAGGGAAGGACUGUGACUUGGACCCAGAGUCAGGACAUCAGCAGUGCACACAGGAACACUCCUGACGGGCAGGCCAAGUCCCAGGGACAGGUGCAGGUGAGCCAGCAGACACGAGUCAAGGGGCAUGUGGAGCAGACCCAGAAAGUAGGAGGCCAGGUGAGUCAUCAGACAGAGAGGAGGUGGGAAAGUCAGUCACAGACUAGCAAACGACCAGGUGAGGGCAUAACUGGAGCCACAUCACAGACCCAAAUGGGUGCCACCCAGACUGUGUCACAGGACAGGAACCACCAGACAGGAAGCUCCAACAUCCAGACACAGGGGUCCUCCUACAGCCAGGCCAGAGAGACGGAUGCCCAUAGUCAAGACAGGUGCCAGACUGGCCAGGUUGUGAAAGGACACAUGCAGUCACAGGCAGGGUCACACAGCCAGACUCUGGAGCAGACCAAGAGUCAGACUACAAGCCAUGUAGGGGACAGAGGUCAGGGACAGACCCAGACACAGACAAGCAGUGGCCAAAGAUGGACACAAGUAAGUGAGGCUGGACAGUCAGUUCUGGGAGGACAGGUCCAAAGUGGGGAAAGCAGUGGGACAGGCAAACAGGAUCAGAGCAGCACUCAGCCAAGUGUGAGUGGAGGGCAGGCAGAGAGACAGCCCACAGAAGUGAGAGAGGAGUGGGUGGAUGACCAUACAAGGGACGUAGUGAUCCGAAGCCAGGACCAGGGCAGCCAGCACACCAGCACUCCUUCAGUGUAG